AUGCCGAAGCGCCGCAUCUCGAAGUCAGACAUCUCGAAACCAACCCUCGUCGCCGCCACCAGCAACGUAGACGCCAUGCCGAUCCCACAGCCAGUUGCGCAACAGCCAGAGUCGGACAACGUGAACAAGUCUUUGGUGGUUAACAGUGCUAAUAAGGAGGGCCACAGAUACGACUACCUCUUCAAGCUUCUGCUCAUCGGAGACUCCGGUGUCGGAAAGUCUUGCUUGCUCCUUCGAUUCGCCGACGACACCUACACCGAGAGCUACAUCUCCACCAUCGGUGUCGACUUCGUACGUCGACUGCAGAAUUUCGGGCGGCACGAGGAGAGUCAGCUGACAACCAUCUAGAAGAUCCGGACCAUCGAGCUCGACGGCAAGACUGUCAAGCUCCAGAUCGUACGUACUUGCAAAGAGACGGGCAUGCCGAGAGACAAGCUGAUUUCGAACACAGUGGGACACUGCUGGACAAGAGCGUUUCCGCACCAUUACCUCUUCCUAUUACCGUGGCGCCCACGGCAUCUGCGUCGUCUACGAUGUCACCGACAUGGACAGCUUCAACAACGUGAAGCAGUGGCUCCAAGAGAUUGACCGCUACGCCACCGAGGGUGUCAACAAGCUUCUGGUGGGAAACAAGAGCGAUAUGUCGGACAAGAAGGUCGUCGAGUACACCGUGGCUAAGGUACGUGGCGGGCCAAGGGGACGCAGAAAGGGUUGAACACGCUGACUUGGAGCACAGGAAUUCGCGGACAGCCUGGGAAUUCCAUUCCUCGAGACCUCGGCCAAGAACGCCAGCAACGUCGAGCAAGCUUUCUUGACCAUGGCACGCCAGAUCAAGGAGCGCAUGGGCAACACGACGGUCAACAACAAGCCCACUGUGCAGGUCGGCCAAGGCUCGAACGUGCAGUCGGGCAGCGCGGGUGGCUGCUGUUAA